ACGCUACUACGCUUCCCACGCACGACUACGUUACUCUCGUAGCACGGAAUAAGACUUUCACUUGACAGGCAACUCUUACACGGAGCAAACCCUUGGCCGGACCCGUGUGUAUAUUUAGGUAAUGUGCUUUUUCCAACGAUAGCUCAUUUGAUUUGAACGAAGUGACAACAGUAGCACGAGCAUUCCCUGCGACAACUGUUCGUACAGUCCAGCUGGGCAGCUAGCAGGACGGCUAACGUGGGUCUGUCAGCACUGGGCUGGGUGGCGAUGGAGAACAUGUCGAUGCUUUGCCCGGGCCCUGAUGCUACACUGUCGGGCCAAAUGUGUCCAUAACAAUGGAGGACGGUGAGGGGGGACCGACAGGUGAAUCAGAGCCAGUUCCUCAAACACAGCAGCCGUGCCGCUUCUUCUCUCAAGGGAGACACUGCGCUUUUGGCAAGAGAUGUAAAUUUCUACAUGUGAGAGAUGACGCCAGUGCUCAUGAGAGGAAACCCCUCAGGACGUCCAGCCAGCCAGAUGCGCACCCGGACCCCGCAGGGAAUGGAGGGCACAGGUCUACUCUUGGUAAUAACUCCAGGGCUGGCCGCCGGCCCUGUCGAUACUUUCUCUCAGGCCACUGCACCAUGGAGGACAGAUGCCGCUUCUUGCAUCCACCGCAGUUCCCCCUGGUGGACGACCUGCUCGUUUCCGGCAACCUCACAAGACCCGCUCAGAGGAUGCCACCAGUGCCCCGCCCCAGCAUCCCGCAGGAGAUCCAGCUGUGUGAUCUGACGGAGGACGUCGCCGAGCAGCUACGAGAAACGGAGAUAAAGCAGCUGAAGAAGCGUUUUCCCAAAGACCAGCUGAUUGUUCAGGAACGAAGUGACGGCAAAGUCACAUACUACAGGGUGACUGUAGAGGCCACUGACCCAGACUGGCCUUUUGACCUUAAAGAAGUUGACAUCAUGGUGAGCUUCCCAGACAGUUACCCACUGGAGAUUUUCACGUUGAAUAUACCAUUGGAUCAGGAUCUGCCACCAGUAAUGUCAAGAUGUGUACAAGAAGCAUCUCUGGAGUGGCUUCAGGCCAAGCAUGCGACCAAUCAGCUUCGGGGAAAGGUAGAGCUGCUCUUCCGGCCUUUUCUCCGCUGGCUAGAUCGUAGUUUGGAGAGACUGUUCACUGAAGGAGCCAGGCAGUUAAAGAAGGACAUUGAUUUAGAAAAGGCUGGACUGCAGUUUAUACCAUACCAGGAGCUCCGGGCAACAGUGUGUGAACAAUCGGAGCAUGACCCCUCCUCUGACCCUGCCUCGGACGGCACUGCUGCUACAGGUGCGGAUGACGGAAAACUGGAAAAGACAGGAGGUGAGAGGACGGUGGAUGGAGGAAAGCGACUGCAUUCCGGCUGUGAGGAAGAGCCGCCACAGCAGCCGCAGGAGGAAGCUAGUCAUCUAGUGGAGAAUAUUAAGAUCAGUGAUCCCCGCAGAGGCACAGAGGUAAAGGUGCUGGGACUGAGGCUGGGAGAGAACACAGCCACCGUAGUUGCCGAAAAGAUUACAGUUUGCCUUCAGUGUAAUAGGUGUAAGGUCACUGCAGACCUAUUUCUCACUGGAAGGACAGCCUGCACAGCUCAAUGUGAAAAGUGCAGCGCAAGCAUCAACGCUGCGUUCAGGCCCUGCAUGCUGCACCAUUACAGCGACGUCCUGGGAUACCUGGACCUCCGCAAUGUCGCACCCGCCGACCUUGUGCUUCAGGACUGUGAACUGAUGGUGGGCUGCCUCAGCUGCUCCCAGGAGUGCCCUGUGCAGAAUGUUUCCUACGGACAAACAAAGGAGUUCAACUGUGAGCACUGCCACACCAAACUCAGUAUCCUGGCUGAGAGCAUAAGAUUCCAGUACAUUCAGCCACGUGUCGACAAAUCAGGUUCAAGCGCUGUUAAUUCUAAGAUGAUACGAGAUCCUGCUGUGCAAAAGGGGAAGCCACUGCCAGAAAAAGGAACAUGCAAACAUUACAAACAGAGCCACCGCUGGCUAAGGUUUCCCUGCUGUGGCCGGGCUUACCCCUGCGACGGGUGCCACGACGAAGACCAGGACCACCCCAUGGAACUCGCCACCAGGAUGAUUUGUGGCUACUGUGCCAAAGAACAGCCAUACGGCAAUGGGAAGCCUUGCAUCAGCUGUGGGAGCAUGAUGACGAGGGGCACUCGCACCAGCCACUGGGAGGGAGGACUGGGCUGCAGGAGCAAAGUCAAAAUGAACAGAAAUGAUCGACAUAAAUAUGCCAACACCAACAAAACGGUUUCAAGGAGGGCAGCCAGUGAAAAGAAGUAGCUGGCGAAGAAGAGCAUUAUGACAUAAUGACACAUGAAUCAUGGUUUCAAUGAAAUUGUCCGUCUCCCCAAUAAAUCAUGUUGUUAUGAUCAUUCAGUGGGAGUGUGAGAAGUGUUAAUAUUCUGAUCUGCAUUUAAAAUCUGAGCACUUAACUCUGGAUCGAGUUGGAGGUUAAAGUCAUUUCUGAGUUUGUAUAAAUCUCAGGUUUAGCUGUUCAAGUUAUUACAUAGAAUGGUGUCGACAGUAAGAAAAAAGGAAAUGCACGCAGGUCAUUUGAUUAGAUGACAGUAUCAUUUCAGGUAGUCCAGUGUUUUAAUCUAACUGUCCAGGUUAAUCCUGUUUUAAUAGAAGAAUGUAAAAAAUUAGGUACACAGUUAUCGCUGGACUAUAAAUACAAAAUUAAGAUUUGUUUUUAGAUUUGGAGUGGGUGGUUGUGGUUUAAUUUUGAAAUGAGGAGAAAUUUAUGUCAGGAAGAUUAGAAUCUACUUGGAUUAGAAGGCUACACAUUUAUGAAGAAGAAGGUCCAUAUUUCACUUUUACAAAAAUGUUUUUGUCCUUCAACGCAUUAAAAAUGUAAAAAUGUU